GCAUUGAUCCUGAUGUUUGAUGUUUCACCAUUUCUUGGUCAUGAUUUGGCUCGAGUUUGGGCUUUGGCUUCUAAAAAACUCACUUCUAUUGAGAUCGGGUACAUUCCUUCAGUAGCAGUGACUGAGAUGCUUAGCCCAAAUUUGGGACCCCAUCAAUCGCCAAUUCAUAUCCAACCAUCCAUGUUGUUAAGCAUUCAGAAAUUGUGCCUAUCAGUAGACUGCAUAACUGAUGCCAUGGUUAGUACGAUAUCUAAAGGUCUCGUCUCCUUAACCCAUUUGGACCUUCGUGAUGCACCCCACAGUGAACCAGGAAUCGCACAGGACUUGACCAACUUUGGCCUUCAACAAAUUAAUCAGUACGGGAGACUGAAACAUCUCUCAUUGGUCCGGCGCCAGGAGUUCCUUAUCACCUAUUUUAGACGAGUAAAUGAUCUCGGAGUCCUCUUGAUGGCUGAUAACUGUACUAACAUGGAAAGCAUAUAUCUUGGUGGCUUUUGUCGUGUUACAGACACGGGUUUCAAAACAAUCUUGCAUUCAUGCUCUAGAUUAUACAAGCUUAGGGUGUUUCAGGGGACCCAGUUAACUGAUCUGGUUUUUCAUGACAUCUCUGCAACUUCCCUUACUUUGACACACGUUAGCUUGAUAUUUUGUAAUCGUUUGACCAAUCUUGCAGUCAGGAAUUUGGUAUCAAACAAGGAUCUUAGAGUUCUUGACCUGAGAAAUUGCAAAAACCUUGGGGAUAAAGCACUUCAAGCCAUCGGCAUUCUUCCUCAAUUGAAGAUUUUACUGUUGGAUAACACUGAUAUAACUGAUGUGGGAUUGUCAUACUUAAGACAGGGAGUUAUGUGUUCACUUGUUACAUUGUCCAUUAGAGGGUGCAGGAGACUUACAGAUAAAUGCAUUUCUGCAUUAUUUGAUGGUUCAUGUAAGACGGAGUUGCGAGAAUUGGACCUAUCAGAUAUUCCUAACCUUUCUGAUAAGGGAGUUUUGUUACUGGCAAGAAGUCGGGUUCCAUUCUCUGAACUCCGAAUGCGGUGUUGCCCACUCAUAGGUGACACUGCUGUCAUGGCAUUAGCCUCGAUGCAGGUCAAUGAGGACAGAUGGUAUGGUAGUAGCUUGAAGUUGUUGGAUCUUUUUGACUGUGGUGGCAUCACACAGCUUGCAUUCCGUUGGUUAAAGAAGCCGUACUUUCCAAGGUUGAGAUGGUUGGGAGUUACGGGAUGUGUGAAUAGAAAUUUGGUAGAUGCUUUGGCUAGGAGUAAACCAUUUUUGCAUGUGGAAUGCGAUGGUGAGGAACUGGGGGCUGAUCAAUGGGAUUGCUCGGAUGGUUCAUACGUCCACGACUAUGAUGAGGUGCAUGACUACGAUGAGGUGGAUGAACUUGAACAGUGGCUGCUAGAAGGUGAGGGCGAGCAUGUUGAUGAAGAGAUGGGAGAUGAAGUGGAUGAACUUGAGCAGUGGCUGCUAGAAGGUGAGGGCGAGCAUGUUGAUGAAGUGAUGGGAGAUGCUGAAAAUAAUGCUGAAUUGGUAAUUUAAUUUGAAAGAUAUGUUUUUACUGUGUAUUUAUACAUGCUUGUAACAUUAUCGCUAUCUAGUGUUGUUGAUAUGUAGAGAUGUAACUCUUUGUAUCAAGAAAUUGUGGUUAAGAGUUUAGAAAAUUUGAUAUCCUGACUCAACUACAUCACUCAA